AUGUAUUUUUGGCCAACCUUACAGGAUUCCGAUGACAUAGAUUAUGCUGUAUUUCUGUACAAAAGAUCCAUAAUACAGAAUACACAUUCUUAUUUAUUGUUUUCUGAAUACGAAGCUGACGUUUUAGAACAACUGAAGAGUGAGUUAGCAGAAAAAUGGCAAGUUAUAACCGACCAAGCUUUAGAUGCAAUAAAGAUGGAAAAUGAGCUUCAACCUAGGAUGAAGUUUACAAUAUCAGCACAGGAAAGAGCAUUCUGGAAUUAUUAUAGACCAAUGCCCGGUGCUGAACCUAUAAUUGUACAUGACGAGAACAAGUAUUACAAUGAUUGCGAACGUUUCUUUACAAUGAUGAGCCAAACUGGGGGAAUUUGUAUGCUCUCAAAUACUAAAAAUGACCUACCAGAAAAUGCACCAGAGAAUGCACCAGAGAAUACACCAGAGAAUGCACCAGAGAAUGUACCAGAGAAUGCACCAGAGAAUCCACCAGAGAAUCCACCAGAGAAUACUAAUGCAUUGGAUAAUCACCCUAAGUACAUGAAAAUUGCAGAACAUUUUGUAAAUUAUAAUGGUGACAUUCAAAUUGUCUAA